CGGGGUCUCUGGAACGGGCCCGUGGGAGCGGCCCGGCCCGGCCCCGGCAUGGUGCCCGCGCGGCCCCGCGUGAAGAGCGAGUACAUGAAGCGCUUCAAGGAGCCCAAAUGGGAGUCGUGCGGCCCCUGCUACCGGGAGCUGCUGCGCUACCGCCUCAGCCGCCGCCUGCUGGAGCAGGCGCACCGGCCCUGGCUCUGGGACGGCUGGGAGCCCGACAGCAGCGGCAGCAGCGCCGGCUCCCCCUCGCCCCCCAGCACCAGCCCCCCUGCCGCGCAGCAGCAGCAGGAGGCGGCAGCGCCCGGUGCCGGCGGCAGCAGCCGCGUUGGGGAGCCAGGAGCAGCGGGGAAGGCGAGCCCGGCGGAGCCCCCGCGAACAGCGGAGAAAGAAACAGAGGGAGAUGACCAAGAGAGAGUUGCGGAACAGACAUUGGUGAAAGAAACUGACAAAUCAACCACCCGUACAGGACAACAACCAAGUCGAAGUGCCUUGUCCAGUCGGAAUGAUCGAAGAUCAGCUAAAAGUCCUCAAAGGACAGAUGCAGCAAAGGAGCAUAAACAUCCAUUUGCUUUAUAUGGCUGGGGAGAAAAACGUACAGAUACAGGGAGCCAGAAAACUCACAAUGUCUGUGCUUCUGCUUCAGUGCAUGAAAUUCAUGAAUCUGCACUACGAGCAAAGAACAGAAGGCAAGUGGAGAAAAGGAAAUUGUCUCAAAAGCGAGUGCGCUCUGCAGAUGUGGAUCGGACCUGGAGAGUAAAGCCUUCCCCGCCAGAUAAUCCCUGGAUGACUGAGUACAUGAGAUGCUACUCAGCAAGAGCUCGGUGAAUCAAAAGUUGCUUGGACAUCUUUUUAAAUUAAAAAAUAUUUAUAUUAAAUCAGGACAUUGGUGCGAACUACUUAUGCAAGGUUUUUAUAGGGGGUUUCCAGCAGUCUGUUAUAAUCAUUUGUAUUUUGGCUACCUACCUCAUCAGUAGAGCGUAGAGCUGGAGCCAUAACAUUUGAAGAUGUUUUUAAAUAUAGUUCCUUAAAUUUUUAAAUAUUUCUCCUUUUCUGAAGUCUUUAAGAGGCAUUUCAAUGGACCUUUUGAGGAGGAGAUUUCAAAAUACUGAAAGUCUAAACUUUUACAAAAUCUUUUUUUAGAAUUGGUUCAUUUCACAAACUUUCAACUGCCCCCUU